UUUCACAGCCCGUUAUGUGUGUUUCAGGCGUCCUGGCCCUGGCCUUGGCCGUCAAUUACUGCUCCGGUGCUGUUGUCCUCAAGCCCGAAAGGAAAGACGUGCUCAGCAGCCUAUCUAACACUGCCAUCUCGACCUUAUCCUCGUCCCUACCCUACCUCCAAUCUGUCGUCCAAGAUUCCGGCAAGUUUAUCGGAAGUGCCGUUGCAACUGUCUUGUCUUUUGUCAGUGAUCACGAUGGCGACAUUAACAUCCCAAAUUAUGGUUACGUCAACUACCACCUUGACGCGUGCACCCUGUCAUUGGGUAAAAGGGAGGAAAAACGCUGGUUAGGGUCAGUUUGGAACACCAUCAGUGAUGUAGUCGACACGGUUGUUGACACUGUCGUCCCCGAAAGGAAAUGCAAGGCUCGUGUCUCAGACCCUCUGACUGGGUUGAGCCGGUCCGCUACCAAAGGCUCUCCCGAAGAUGCCCUGAAAAGCGCCCUCACCGGUUUGUUUGAAGAUAUUGUCAAGCUUGCUCAACAGGUCCAGGGAUAG